AUGCACACCCAUCCCUGUGAGUGCAGCGGCUGCGGCCCCACCCCUCCCGGACCCAGCCCCGGCGGGGGCGUGUCGUCCAUCAUCUCCAGGGACAUCUUCGAGCAGUUCCUGCUCCACAGCAGCCAAUGCUCAGAUGCCGGCGGGUUCUACACGUACGACGCAUUCCUGGCCGCCGCCGCCGCGUUCCCGGCCUUCGGCACCACCGGGAGCACCGAGACGCGGAAGCAGGAGGUGGCGGCCUUCUUCGGGCAGACCUCCCACGAGACCACCGGCGGGUGGGCCACCGCGCCCGACGGCCCCUACUCCUGGGGCUACUGCUUCAAGCGGGAGCUGGGUUCACCGCCCGACUACUGCCAGCCAUCGUCAGAGUGGCCUUGCGCGCAAGGAAGGCAGUACUACGGCCGCGGCCCCAUCAUGCUCUCCUGGAACUACAACUACGGCCCCGCGGGGCGCGCCAUCGGCGAGGACCUGCUCAACAACCCAGACCUUGUGGCCACCGAUGCCACGGUGUCGUUCAAGACGGCGUUGUGGUUCUGGAUGACGCCACAGGCAAACAAGCCGUCCUCCCACGCCGUGAUCACCGGCCAGUGGACACCGACGGCCGCAGACAAUGCGGCGGGAAGGGUGCCCGGGUACGGCGUCAUCACCAACAUCAUCAACGGGGGGCUCGAGUGCGGCAGGGGGCAGGACAGCCGUGUUGCCGACCGGAUCGGGUUCUACCAGCGCUACUGCAACAUCCUUGGCGUCGGCUACGGGAGCAACCUCGACUGCUACAACCAGAGGCCCUUCGUCGAGGGGCUUUUGAUCCAGCAAGUGACGCAGUAA